AUGUCAACACUCGAGAAGCGAUCGGCAGCAGUGGUAGAAAACUGGAUCGUAUUGAAGAUCAAAGAAUAUAUUCUUUCAGCUUACACUCAGCAAUACACCGACUUCAACCCGUUGAUCGAGAAGAACGUGAAAGACGGGUUCACUAUUCUGGCGUUCCCAUGUAACCAGUUCUAUCUGCAGGAACCAGCUGAAAACCAUGAACUCAUGAAUGGUAUUAUGUAUGUUCGUCCAGGAAACGGAUGGAAACCACAUCAGAACCUUCACGUCUAUGGAAAAAUCGACGUGAACGGAGAGAAUCAUCAUCCUCUCUACGAGUUCUUGAAGGAGAGCUGCCCACAGACUGUAGAGAAAAUUGGAAAAACCGACGAGUUGAUGUACAAUCCAGUUCGAGCGAAUGAUAUCACGUGGAACUUCGAGAAAUUCCUUAUCGACAGACAGGGUCGUCCACGAUUCCGUUUCCACCCUACCGCCUGGAGUCACGGUGACGUCGUCCAGCCGUUCAUCGAACAGCUACUCAAUGAGAAAAGCUAA